AAACGGAUUGGUAUAAAUAGCAAAACAGUUGGCGGAAUAUCAUUGUUGUGAGCGAAUACUUGCUUAUCAACUUAAAAUCUACAAAAUGGAAUUCAUUGGUAUUCUCCUUGCGUUAUCAAUUGUUAUCGUGAACGGACAAAAUUUCACAGUGGAAGUUCAGAAGCAUUACGAGUUUGAAAAUGCGCUUAAAGAAGGUCAGGGCGUUUGGCAGCAUCGGUCGGAAGCAUCCUUGGCGAAAACGCUGCGUAUAAACGACCUCGUUGGUGGUACUAAGAUGAUUCACCUGACUCUAUGCAUCCAGCCGUAUGACACGUCACAGAAUGUCACCUUCUAUAUCGACGAUAUACGAUACUCAAAUGAUGGCCCGUCAGACAACAUUACGGUGCUCUUCAACGGACUCAAGAUCGCGACGUUCAAAACUGUCGAGAAAUGGCGUGCGGGUCAGGAAUGGAACGUGUUCCGCAACUCCGGACGUAUUGGGCCAAGUCUAGAAGCGAUGGAAGGCCAGUACGUUCUGACCGUGUACGCAAAGACUGACGAAUGGGGCGUUGAACUGGAUCGCAUCAGAAUAAAUGCAGAGAACCACUCCCCUGCUAAAGAAUUGUUCUGUGAUGCAACAUACACUGAGCCGUUAAAGUAAUUUGAUGAUAUUUGUGUGCUGAAAAAAAAGUACUUUAUAAACAGACGUGAAACGCUUUUCAACUAAAUUUGACCAGUAAGACUAAGAAAAAGACAAAAAAUGUUUUUAAUUUUUAAUUUAACGAACAAUAUAUAAUAUAUAAUUCGCCAUGUUUAUUAAAAAAAAAUUGAAGAAUAAAAAGUUAUGAAAAACACUUCUUUAUAUAUAAAAUUUAAUAUAUGUUCAUGUUCAAAAUCAUAAUAAGCAAUGUGUAUCUAAAGGUAAAAUUUACUAUACUUAAUUUGAAUAAAACAUAAUAAACUUCGAUUGUGCUCAAGAACUCUUUUGGUGUUAAUUUAAAACCAUAGUACCUUGUUCAUAGUUGAUGGAAACAUGCAUUACAUGAGCAUAACAGAAUCAAUUUAUCAUGGUGUAUGCAUGUCUAGAUAUUCAUUUUUAUCCGAUUUCUGAUUUUUUUGAUACGAUAUUUGUAUUUAUAUGCUGCAAACAGGGCAUUUUCAAACAUUACACGCAACUUUUAUAGACGAUUUGCCAUCUAUUUAGAUGUUGCUUAUAAUUUAUUGGCUUGUGCCACGUAAUGAUUGUAUCAUAAAUGUUUAGAGACUUAA